CCGAAAUAAAACUAAUCAAAAUUUAAUUCAUUGAAUUCUUCAAAAAUGUGUUAAUAAAAUGUAUAAUAAAAGCUACGAAAUUGGUUGAACAUAGGAAAAGGAAUGCAGUGGUCAGAUUGUUCUAUAAAGCAGAUUCGUUUUUUCCUUGGCACCCCAGCAGCUCAGUGUUUACAAAAUAAACCCAGAUCCGUUGAAUACUUUCUUGAUGAAGAUAAUCCUCCUGGCGCUGCAGUUAGUCUGGAUUAUCAAUGUUUUAAAGAUAAGGGAACUCGGGCCUGCUUUAAGAACCAGAAUGUGUGUACACAGCUGUUUUGUUAUCAACCAAACUCAAGAUCCUGUUUAUCCUACCGACCAGCAGCAGAAGGAUCAGAGUGUGGACCUGGGGCUUGGUGCAGAAACGCCAAGUGUGUUAGCAAACCAAUUAAUAUAGUCAAAAACUCAUUUGAUGUGGAACUCAGAGGAUCAUUUAGAGAUAGGAUUGACACACCGUCGACAAGCUCGUUUACUGCACAAAUACAAAACAAUUUCCAAACUUCAAAUAUCAAAACAACUAACUAUUUUCAAAACAAUAAUUUCCAGAAUAAUAUCCAGCCAACAACAAGAACCUUCUACAUACAGUCAACGACACCUGUCUACACUACAACGUACUACAACCAAGCCUCCUCGUUCAGCAAUCCGAAAACAACGAUAUUUAACACAAAUACAUUGCCAGUUAUAACCACCAGCUCAAGAAAGACUCCGUAUUCUAUUGUGACUCGGAACUACGGAUCAACCAGAACUACCAUCUCAUCGACUCUAAACUUUGGAGCUACUCGCUCUACACGUAAUGUUAUCGACACAGCUUGUGAAGACGACGAAAAACUACAGGGGAGUUUAAGCUGUACAGCUCUAUUCGAAAGAUAUGCCUUUCACUACUGUGCAAGGAACAAAGUAGUGAAAAAGAAGUGCUGCAAAUCUUAUCAUUUGCACUGCAAAGAUUAAAUCUUAUCAUUUGUACUGCAAAGAUUAAAUCUCAUCAUUUGUACUGCAAAGAGCAAAUCUUAUCAUUUGUACUGCAAAGAUUAAAUCUUAUCAUUUGUACUGCAAAGAUUAAAUCAUAACAUUUGUACUGCAAAUAUUAAAUCUUAUCAUUUGUACUGCAAAUAUUAAAUCUUAUCCUUUGUACUGCAAAUAGUAAUCACCAUUUGCAACACAACAAACAAUGAAUCUCGAUUCUCGAAUAAAAAAUAAUUGAAGAAAUUAAAAGUUGAAAUUUUGGGUUUCAAUAAAACUCACAAUAAAGACAAACUAUUCUAUUGCAUGGAGCAAGGAAUAGAAAACGUUAAAAUAUAAAGGUAUAAUUAAAUUGCUCAGCUCUUUAAAAAAUGAAAUCCAUACAAUUAUAUAUUUUUUCGUGACAAAAUUCAAUAUAUUUUAAAACUAAUAGCAAAGCAAUAUUUUCGACUCUGGGCCUGGCGCUGUAAAAAAAAGUAAUUUUCUUCAAAGUAACAUAACAAUAAAAAAAUGCUUAAAAUUAAUCUAAUUUGAGAGUUUUUCUAAAAACUACUGGUGAAAAUCCUGGUGUUUAAAACUAUAUAAGUGACCUGUUUUAAAAAUAUUAUAUUUAUUUAGCAAGCAUAUCUGUGCACUUUUCAGUAUACAUGUAUAUAUGUGCACUGUACAGUAUACAACUGUACAGUAACUUUUGCAUUGUAUAGUGUACUUGUACACUGUAAAGUGUGUAUAAGCUUCAACAACUUUACAGUAUGUCUGUGAACUGUACAAUACACCUGUGCACUACAAAUAAUACCUGUAUAUUUUACAGCAUACUUUUAAGCCGUUCAGCAUACCGGUACGCUUUACAGUGUGCAGUAUAUCUGUACAGUGCAUAGUAUACCUGUACAGUGCAAAAUAUACCUGUAUAUUUUACAUUAUGCCUGUACACUUUACAGUAUACAUGUACACUUUAAAGUAUACAUGUACACUUUACUGUAUACCUGUGCACUUUAGAGUAUACCUGUACUUUAUACAGUAUACCUUUACACUUUAAAGUAUACAUGUACACUUUACUGUAAACCUGUGCAAUUUACAGAAACCUGUACAAUUUACAGUAUACCUGUACACUUUACAGUAUACUUGUUCAUUGUAUAGCAUACCUGUAUAUUUUUCAGUAUACCUGUACCUGUACAGUAUACAUGUUCACUGUACUGUAUACUUAUAUACCUGCAUACUUUACAGUAUACCUGUGCACUGUACCGUAUAUAUUAAAUCCGUACAAUGUUCAUCAAUCCAUUGUACACUAAGCUUGAAUGAACAGUAUACAAAAACCCGACAACAUUUUUGUUUUACUAUUAUUUCUGUUAAUUUAAUAAAGCCUAAAAUAUAUAAUUUAUUAUUGA